AUGAAAUUAGAUAUAGUAUUUUGGAGUAAAAGAAGGCCGGCUAAGAAAUUAAGUGCAGAAGGCACAAGAAAGAGAAGUGGAAGAGAGAAUAAAAUGGGUCCUGCUGUAUAUCUUCUGAUUCAGAUACUCAUACUAUGUGAAGUAUGGGGCAGAAUACCACUAAAUGAGCUAAUAAGCAUUCAGAAGAAGACAUUUACUUUUAUUGAUGAAGAAAAAGAAAAUGCACUAGUAAUCAGCCCAGAUAGUGCACUAAAUCUAUUACGGGAUGAAAUAGCAGAUAAUAUUUGGGUUAUUCACAACAAGAGAUUUCUGUCGUCUGAGAUACAGAUAGAAUACUAUAUAAAAGUUGAGCCGUCUGAGUAUAACGAUCCCAUCUACACGCACACACGAGACCAUAGCUUGGACAGAGUGCAUCUCAUUCUUCCGUAUGAAGGCGACUUGCUUAAGUACAAGCGAGGAUAUUUUAACACGCUUCUUGAGCUGUUUCCUUCUCUACACGGAUAUGUGUCCACAUGGUCAGGCAGAAGAGACUCUUUUUUUUCUUUUAUUAACAGUAAUCAUGUAGAGAAUUACAAAUAUAAAAUACUUGCUUCGUUGCUACUGCUUACUGAGGGAGUAAAUGUGCCACUAGAGAUUGAUGAAAGUGAGAAUAGAACAGAGCUGGUUCUAAGGCAGGCAGGCGGAGAAGGAGAGCACUUCAGACUCAAUAUGAAUGUAGUGGUUAAAACUGGCAAAAAUGCAGAGUAUCUAGAUGUAUUUGAAAGGGUGUUCCAGAAAAGGGCAAUCGGUGUGAUAAACUUCUUUAUAGAGAAUAGAGAAAAAAGAGUUUUUAAAGAAGAGGAAAGCUGUUCAGAACAAGCCUUAUAUGGAAAUUUUAAGAAAAGCGAGUUUGUAAAUAGCCCAGACUUUCUUAUAGAGACGUAUAUAUACCACUGCAUGGAGCGAGCAGAAGAAAUGGAUCUAUUUAUUCAAACCGUGCUUGAUCUGUUAAGUGAGUAUAUAAAGCAAGAAGAAAUAGGUUCUGAAAAAGGGCUAAUCGAGCGAUGUGCAACCUGUCUGCUAACAUGUAUAAGAUAUAAAGAAGCCAAUCUAGAGGACAAUCAGGGAAAGCAGGCAUUAAUUAUGCAAGCGAAGGGUGUGCUUUACAAGUAUUUUGCAUUAGAAAAGAAAAAUCCAAAUAAUUCGGAUUGCAUAGCCCGAGCUCAGACAAAAGUGCCUUUUUACAAUGAUUGUAAAAAACAGUGGGUGAAUCUUUUAUAUUUAAAGCCUAAUGCAGAUGUUUUUCCUGUUCAAAAGAAGAUGGACAGUCUAAUGUCUAAUUGUUUAGGGGCUUUAGGUCUAUGCCUGCCUGCAAGAACCGCCUUGGUUGUUGGAGAUGAGUUGAAGUAUAUAGAGAGCUUUACUGACUAUGGAGAGACAGCGCUGCUAGGCCUAUUUUGCUGGGCUUUUUAUGACUCUGAGAGGAAAAUGUAUAUAGUUGACCACAUGGAGUCUGCCUCCGAAGAGCUGAAAAGCUUUUUCAGAAAGCACAGGCACAUGUAUGGGAUAGUGUCAAAAAGAGUGCACAAUGAGUGGAACAAGGUAGUGGGUGGCUUAUAUAACCCGAAUAUACAGUAUAUACGAGAUGACAGAAACCAACUUAUGCCAGGCUUGAUAAACAUGCUAUAUGUUAUUAAAGAGAUAACCGGGGUGGGUGAGACAGAGAAAAUAGAUAAGUUUAAAAAGUGUUUGGAUUUAAUAGAUAAUGAGAAGAGUAUUGGCGAAGUCAGAAUGCUUUAUUGGGAAUACCUAAAUAAUAUCAACGAUUCUACCAAAAAAAUAGAUGUUCUAGAAGAAGAGAUCAGAGGGAUGAUUGAUGUAAAAAAACUAGACCGAAACAAGACACUUAAAGAUAUACUAGAACCUGUAGAGAAUAAACCAGCGUCUAGUAUAAAAAUAAACAAAUCAAUGGAUGAAGAGAAAGAAAAAAAGAUGGAUAUUAAUUUAUUAUAUGAAAUCUAUAGCAUUCAGAACCAAAAUCUAAAAAAUGAACUAAAAGAAAACAUAAACAGAUAUCUGACUGCCUUAGUUAAGAAAAUUGCACUAAAUGAACGCUUUUCUGUUGAUUUGUUGACCGGGUAUAAGCAGAAUCUUAAAGAAGGAUUGAGUGACAUGUUUGGGUUUCUAAAAUUAUUUUAUAUACCGUAUAAUGAAAAGAGCAAGAAUAUACGUUUUUCCCACUGCUAUUGCUAUGAAUUUGAUGUUUUUCCCGAUCAUGUUGAUAAAACACUAAAAGUGAAAUGGAAAUAUGAAUUUAAGUUUUAUAGCAGAUACAGUAUGGCAAACAAGCCAAACUCAUAUACUAUAACGAUACUGAACUCCUAUAUAACCCGAAGCAUGGUAAUCGAUAAACUUAAGAUUGAGAACAUAAGACACUCUAACUCAAACGAACAAACACGGCCUGUAUUUUGUCAUGAAAGCUGGCGCAGAAAUAUAGAUGCCCUUCUGCUUGACCCCCGAAUGCAUAACACGCAAGACAAAAGAAGAAUUCUGUGGGUGAUGACUAUAUGCGCAAUGGAUUUAAAUCUUGACAGCAGCCAUCCUCUUGUGCGCCUGGCUAAUAAUAUCAUGGGAAGUAUUCCCUCCAUGGACAAAAAUGAUAAUGAUCCAAUUUUUAUGUUUCUUGGUCUCACCACAGCAGGUGAAUACUACCCGAGUAUAACCGUAGAUAUAAAUGCAUACGAAAAGCCAAAUCGCUUUACAUUCAUAUUAGAAAAAGUGUUAGGAUUGGAAGAAAGUACAAAAAUUGUAUCGCAACUGACAUAUGCCAACAUACUAACUAGCAUAAUAAUUAACUUUCGAAGAGCAUGCUGGAGUAGUAUCUACUAUUUGGAUUUGGAAUUGUUUGCUAGAAGAUUGAGUUCUAGAACCCAAAGAUUUUUCUUUAUUAAUAUUUUGACACUAAAUGGGACCACUAUGAGGUACAUUACUAGAAUUAUCCAAGCUAUGCAGGGAGAAGAAAGAGUACAUCCAGUUGUUGAAUAUGAGGGGCAUAGUACUCAGUUUCUGUUGUGGAUUAUUUGGCUGGCAAACAACUAUAAAUAUGAUAACUGGUGUACUAUAGUAAAAAGCUGCUAUGAGUUAAUUGACACAACAGAACAAAAAGAAAUCAAUUUUCCAAUUUAUUGUCUUAAAUGGGGGCGCGAUAUAAAUUUGCCAAUCCUGCUUAAAGAGAUAAAACACAUUGUGUGUGAUGAAAACAGUGAGAAGAGUGUAGAGAGAUUUGAGUUAAUAUGCGGAUUAAUUGAAUAUGUGUUGUAA